AUGUCCGCUCCAGCCGGGCCCCGCAGCGGGCCCGUCCUGCCGGAGAUGCCGGACCUGAGCCACCUCACCGAGGAGGAGAGGAAGAUCAUCCUCGGUGUCAUGGACAGGCAGAAGAAAGAGGAGGAGAAGGAGCAGUCCAUGUUGAAGGUCAAAGAAGAUCCAAAGUCUCAGCCAGUCCAGUGGUUUCCCUUUAGCGGAAUCACUGAUCUGGUUAGUAAUGUUCUCCAGCCCCAGACAAAGUCCCAAAACCAACCACAAACAGAGCCUCCAAAGGAGCCAGAGACGUAA